AUGUCGACUUCUAGAAGCGGCGGCGGCGGCGGCGGUGGUGGAAGCGGAAGCAGGACACGAGUCGGGAGAUACGAGCUCGGAAGGACUCUCGGAGAAGGAACUUUUGCCAAGGUGAAAUUCGCUAGGAACAUUGAGACGAAAGAGAAUGUUGCUAUUAAAAUUCUUGAUAAAGAGAAAGUUCUUAAACACAAGAUGAUCGGUCAGGCAAGUAAAGGGAGGUUGAAAGAGGAUGAAGCGAGAAAGUAUUUUCAGCAACUUAUAAACGCUGUCGAUUACUGCCAUAGCAGAGGUGUAUGCCAUAGAGAUCUAAAGCCUGAGAAUCUGCUACUGGAUGCUAAUGGGGUUCUUAAAGUUUCGGAUUUUGGAUUGAGUGCACUACCUCAGCAAGUUAGAGAAGAUGGGCUACUUCACACAACGUGUGGAACACCGAAUUAUGUUGCUCCAGAGGUGAUCAACAAUAAAGGCUAUGAUGGCGCCAAGGCAGAUUUGUGGUCAUGUGGUGUGAUUCUUUUCGUCUUGAUGGCUGGGUACUUGCCUUUUGAAGAAGCCAACCUUAUGGCACUAUACAAAAAGAUAUUCAAGGCUGACUUUGCAUGUCCUCCAUGGUUCUCCUCAAGUGCUAAGAAACUAAUCAAAAGAAUUCUGGACCCUAAUCCCUCGACACGUAUUACCAUUGCCGAGCUUAUUGAAAAUGAAUGGUUUAAGAAAGGAUACAAGCCACCUACUUUUGAACAAGCUAAUGUUAGUCUCGAUGACGUGGACUCUAUCUUCAAUGAAUCAGUGGAUUCUCGGAACCUUGUUGUGGAGAGGCGAGAAGAUGGGUUUAUAGGGCCUAUGGCUCCUGUGACCAUGAAUGCAUUUGAACUAAUCUCUACCUCUCAGGGUCUUAACCUUAGUAGUCUCUUUGAGAAACAAAUGGGGCUUGUUAAACGGGAAUCGAGAUUCACAUCCAAACAUUCUGCUAAUGAGAUAAUCUCAAAAAUUGAAGCAGCAGCAGCGCCUUUGGGUUUUGAUGUAAAAAAAAUAACUUUAAGUGGACUACUGAUUUUUAUGUUCUUGAGGAAACAGGAUAUGAAGCUUCAAGGGGAUAAGGAUGGACGGAAGGGUCGUUUAUCCGUUGCAACAGAGAUCUUUGAAGUGGCCCCUUCUCUUUAUAUGGUUGAGGUUCGCAAGUCUGGUGGAGAUACCCUGGAAUUUCACAAGUUUUAUCAGCACCUCUCAACUGGACUAAAAGACAUCGUAUGGAAAACAAUUGAUGAAGAAAAGGAAGAAGAAGAGGCAGCGACAAAUGGUGUUGCUCAGGUUACUGCGCAAUAA